AUGAGCGCCUCCAACAGCACCAGAGCGCUCACCUUGAGCCACGGUGCCAUUGAGCACGUUCUCCCAGUGCCAACGGCCUCGUUUUUCCCAGGCUCGCAAUUACAAGACCAAUUCACCAAACAGCUUCCAUCUGCUACGGAGGGUUUCGUCGCCGACAACGAACCGGCGUCUCCAGCAGAGCUGUUGGGUCAAUUCCUAGGCUACGUGUCCACUUUGGUCGAUCCUUCUACCAAGGGCCAAUUCGACGACGUUUUGACCGUGGCACUUGCCGAGUUCGAAUCCAGCUACUUGCAAGGUAACGAUGUACACACUCUGGCCUCCAAGCUUCUGGCCGACGAAGACGUUUAUCCAACCACUUUGGAGAAGGUCAAGGCCCUCAUCAAAAACUACUUCAACGCUCGCGUCACCGCUCAAAGACCUUUUACCAAGUCCGAUUCUGCUCUUUUCAAAAGCGCCGCGGCCAAAGAAUCCCAGCUGGUUGCUAUUUUCGGCGGUCAAGGUAACACUGAUGACUAUUUCGAAGAGCUGCGUGAGCUGUACCAAACUUACUACAGUGUCGUUUCGGAUGUUAUAGAAUCUGCUGCCUCCAAGCUGGCCGAAUUAGUCAAGUCGACCGACGACACUGAAAAAGUGUACACUCAAGGUUUUGAUGUUCUUCAAUGGUUGCAAAACCCUGAGACUACUCCAGACAACGCUUACCUCCUGUCUAUUCCAAUCUCAUGCCCCAUGAUUGGUGUCAUCCAAUUGGUACACUACGCCGUCACCGCCCGUGUCUUGGGUUUCACCCCUGGUGAGUUGAGAUCCCACUUGGUCGGUGCCACUGGUCACUCUCAAGGUUUGGCUACUGCCGUGGCAAUCGCAGAAGCCGAUUCCUGGGAGUCUUUCUUCAAGGCUCUGAAUAAAACCAUCACUUUAUUAUUCUUCAUCGGUGUGCGUUGUUACCAAGCUUACCCAAAUACUUCAAUGCCUCCAUCAAUGCUUGAAGACUCUGCAGAAAACGGUGAAGGUACUCCUUCGCCAAUGUUGUCCAUUUCCAACUUGACUAAAGAACAAGUGCAAGAAUUUGUGGAUCAAACUAACGCUCAUUUGCCAGCCGAGAAACACAUUGUGAUUUCUUUGAUCAAUGGUGCCAGGAAUUUGGUUGUGACUGGUCCUCCACAAUCUCUGUACGGUUUGAAUUUGACAUUGAGAAAGGCCAAGGCUCCAGCUGGUUUGGAUCAAGCCAGAAUUCCCCACAGUGAGAGAAAACUCAAGUUUUUCAACAGGUUUUUACCAAUCGCAUCCCCAUUCCAUUCUCAUUUGUUAGAACCUGCUAACGAGUUUAUCAAGCAAGAUCUAAAGGAUGCUGGCCUAGAGUUCAAGCAGUCAGACUUGCAAGUUCCUGUUUACGAUACUUUUGAUGGUAAGGACUUGAGAGAUUACACCGGUUCCGUUGCUGAAAGAAUUACCUUGUGCAUUACCAAGUUGCCCGUGAACUGGGAAGCUUCUACGCAAUUUUCUGCCACCCACAUCCUAGAUUUUGGUCCCGGCGGCUCCUCUGGCCUAGGUGUUUUAACUCACCGUAACAAGGAUGGUACUGGUGUUCGUGUCAUUGUUGCAGGUGCUUUGGAAGCCAACAUAGAUGACGAAUAUGGAUUUAAGCAGGAAAUAUUUGAUGUUUCUGCUAACGGUCUCAAGUUUUCCCCCAAUUGGUUAAAGGAAUUCCACCCCAAGUUGGUAAAGACAAAGGGAGGUAAGAUUUAUGUUGAUACUAAAUUCUCCAAACUUUUGGGCCGUGCUCCACUUCUUGUACCUGGUAUGACUCCUUGUACUGUCUCUCCCGACUUUGUCGCUGCCACCAUUAACGCUGGCUACACCAUUGAAUUGGCUGGUGGUGGUUACUUCUCUCCUGCCCAAAUGACUAAGGCCAUCGACUCUGUUGUUUCUCAGAUUAAAAAGGGCUACGGUUUGGGCAUAAAUCUAAUUUAUGUCAACCCUAGAAUGUUGCAGUGGGGUAUUCCUAUGAUCAAAGAAUUGAGAGAAAAAGGCUAUCCUAUUCAAUCGAUGACAAUUGGUGCCGGUGUUCCUUCCUUAGAAGUUGCUACUGAGUACAUCGAAACCUUGGGCUUGACCUAUUUAGGUUUGAAACCUGGCUCUAUCGAUGCCAUCUCUCAAGUCAUUGCUAUUGCUAAGGCUCAUCCUUCUUUCCCUAUUGUGAUGCAAUGGACUGGUGGUAGAGGUGGUGGUCAUCAUUCUUUUGAGGACAUGCACUCUCCUUUGUUCCAAAUGUACUCUAAGGUCAGAAGAUUAUCAAACAUCAUCUUAGUUGCCGGUUCUGGUUUUGGUUCUGCUUCUGAUACUUAUCCAUACUUGACCGGUGAAUGGUCUACCAAGUUCAAUUAUCCUCCUAUGCCAUUCGAUGGUUUCUUGUUUGGCUCUAGAGUUAUGAUUGCUAAAGAAGCCAAAACCUCUCCAGAUGCCAAGAAGGCUAUUGCCGAUUGCUCAGGAGCUCCUGACGAUAAGUGGGAGCAGACUUACAAGAAACCCACCGGUGGUAUUGUAACUGUUCGUUCAGAAAUGGGUGAACCUAUCCAUAAGAUCGCAACCAGAGGUGUUAUGUUGUGGAAAGAACUGGAUGAGACGAUCUUCAACCUCCCUAAGAACAAACUUCAAGCUGCUUUGGAUUCUAAAAGAGACUAUAUUAUUGCGAAAUUGAACGCUGACUUUCAGAAACCUUGGUUUGCAACAGUUAAAGGUGAGCCACGCGACGUCACUGAUAUGAACUAUGAGGAGGUUGCUCAAAGAAUGGUCGAAUUGAUGUACUUGAGGUCGGCCAAUAAAUGGAUUGAUGCUUCCUGGAAGAACUUUACUGGUGACUUUUUGCGCCGGGUUGAAGAACGUUUCACCAAGAAAAAGGCUGCCUCUCUCUUGCAGUCUUAUUCUAUUUUAGACCAGCCAGACAAGGUUUUGACUACAAUUUUUGACGCCUACCCAGCUGCGAGAGCUCAGUACCUAAAUGCUCAAGAUGUCGACUAUUUCUUAAGCUUAUGUCAGAGACCAUCUCAAAAGCCAGUGCCAUUCGUUCCUGUGUUGGAUCAGAGAUUCGAAUUUUUCUUCAAAAAGGAUUCUUUGUGGCAAUCUGAAUAUCUGGAAGCUGUUGUCGACCAAGAUGUCCAGAGAACUUGUAUUUUGCACGGACCUGUUGCUGCCCAGUUCACAAAUGUUGUUGAUGAACCUAUAAAGAGCAUCAUGGAUGGCAUUCACGAUGGUCACAUAGAAAGACUGUUGAAAGACUUCUACGACAACGACUCCUCAAAAAUUCCCGUUGUGGAAUACUUCGGCGGAGAAGAUCCAGAGGCCGUAAAGUUUGAUUCUGUUGAAACUGAUGGCAAAAUUUCGUACCGCGCCUCAGCUUCAACUGAUGAAGAUGAGUGGUUCAAAUUACUGGCUGGCCCUAAGCGCAAUUGGAGGCAAGCUUUUUUUUCCACUCCAAGGGUUGUGCAAGACUCCAUGUACGCUGAAAACCCACUCCACAAGGUCUUCAAGCCAACCGCUCAAUCUGUCGUCCAAAUUUCGUACCCAGAGAAUGCUUCCAAGUCUGUUAUCACUUUAUUGGAACCUGUCCAGGGUAGUUUGAAGCCUACCGCUUCCUUGCGUUUGUCAAAGGAUAAUUUGAUGGAGCUACAGCUUAUCGAAAACAGAACAAUGGACGGCAAGCCAGCGAGCCUUCCAUUAUUGUACCAAUACCAACCCGAGGAUGGGUUUGCUCCAAUUUCUGAAGUAAUGGAUGGUCGUAACGAUCGUAUCAAAGAAUUCUACUGGAAAUUGUGGGUCGAAGAACCAUUCAACUUAGACUUCGACCCCAAGAAACCAUUGAAGGGAGCUGAUGUCACUAUCACUGCGAAGGAUAUUGCUGAGUUUACCCACGCUAUUGGCAACAAAUGCGAAGAUUUUGUCGCUAGGCCAGGGAGAAAACUAUUGGCACCAAUGGAUUUUGCUAUUGUUGUUGGAUGGAGAGUCAUCAUCAAGGCCAUCUUCCCUAAGACUGUCGAUGGUGACUUGCUGAAGUUGGUUCACAUGUCCAAUGGAUACAGAAUGAUCCCUGGCGCAGAGCCACUGAAAGAAGGUGACACCAUUUCUUCAACUGCCGUAAUCAAAUGCGUCGUGAAUCAGCCAAGUGGUAAAAUAGUUGAAGUUGUGGGUACUUUGAGUAGAGAGGGCUCUCCUGUCAUGGAAGUGACUUCUUCCUUCUUCUACCGUGGCAAGUACACCGACUUCGAGAACACUUUCGAGAAGAUUACCGAACCAGUAUAUCAAGUUCAAAUCAAGUCCGCCAAGGAUAUUGCUGUCCUGCGCUCCAAAGAAUGGUUUCAGUUGGAUGACGAAAGCAUCGACUUGCUCGGCAAGGUUUUGACGUUUGAGACAGAAACGGCGGUAACCUUUAAGGACGAGUCAGUUUUCAACUCUGUUAAGUGCGAGGGUAAAAUCAAGAUGGAAUUGCCUACCAAGGAAAACGUCGAGAUCGGCGUUGUUGACUAUGAAGCCGGCGAAUCUCAUGGUAACCCGGUUGUGGAUUAUUUGAGCAGAAAUGGCUCUACCUUGGAACAUAAGGUGAAUUUGGAGAAUGCAAUUCCGAUUGCUACCAAGGACACACAAGCUCCUGGUACCAACGAGCCUUACGCCAGAGUGUCUGGCGACUUGAACCCUAUUCACGUGUCGCGUCACUUUGCAGACUACGCUAGCUUGCCAGGUACUAUCACACAUGGUAUGUACUCCUCGGCAUCUGUCCGUGCCUUGGUCGAAACCUGGGCCGCUGACAAUGUUUCUGCCAGAGUUCGUGCUUAUAGCUGUCAGUUUGUGGGAAUGGUUUUGCCGAACACCCCCCUAAACACUUCCAUUCAGCAUGUUGGUAUGAUCAAUGGCCGUAAAUUGAUCAAAUUCGAGACCAAGAAUGAUCAAGAAGAAACCGUCAUGGUGGGUGAGGCCGAAGUUGAGCAACCAGUGUCUACCUUCGUUUUCACUGGCCAAGGUUCUCAGGAGCAAGGUAUGGGUAUGGACUUGUAUGACAAGUCGGAAGUUGCAAGAACUGUCUGGGACAGAGCUGACGCUCACUUCAAGAAAACCUACGGAUUUUCAAUUCUCGAAAUUGUUAGAAAGAACCCUACUUCGAUGACUAUCUAUUUCGGUGGUGAGAAGGGAAGAAAGAUCAAAACCAACUAUACCCAAAUGAUUUUUGAGACCAUCGUUGACGGCGAACUAAAGACUGAGAAGAUUUUCAAGGAUAUUACGGAAGAGACUACUUCUUACACCUUCAAAUCCCCAACUGGUUUGUUAUCCGCUACUCAAUUUACACAACCUGCUUUGACUCUUAUGGAAAAGGCUUCUUUCGAAGACUUGAAGGCUAAGGGUUUGAUUCCGGCAGAUGCAGCCUUUGCUGGUCACUCUUUGGGCGAAUACGCUGCUCUAGCUUCGCUGGCCGAUGUCAUGUCAAUUGAGUCUCUCGUUGAAGUUGUCUUCUACAGAGGUAUGACCAUGCAGGUGGCUGUUCCAAGAGAUGACUUAGGUAGAUCCAACUACGGUAUGGUUGCUGUAAACCCAGGUCGUGUGUCACCAACUUUCAACCAGGAUGCUUUGAAGUUUGUGGUCAACUGUGUAGACAAGAGAACAGGGUGGCUCGUCGAAAUUGUAAAUUACAACGUGGAAAACCAACAAUAUGUUGCAGCCGGUGACUUGAGAGCAUUGGAUACUUUGACGAACGUGCUCAACUUUGUUAAGGUUCAAAAGAUUGAUAUUGUCAAGCUACAGGCCACUAUGUCUUUGGAAGAGGUAGAAAGCCACUUGAACGAGAUAAUCGACGAGGUUGCCAAGAAAUCUUUGGCCAAGCCUCAACCUAUCGACCUGGAGAGAGGUUUUGCUUGUAUUCCAUUGAAGGGUAUCUCUGUUCCAUUCCAUUCGUCCUACCUCAGAAAUGGUGUGAAGCCUUUCAAGAACUUCUUGAAGAAGAACAUCGUCAAAGAAAAUGUGAAUGCUGACAGACUAAUUGGAAAGUAUAUUCCUAACUUGACUGCCAAGCCUUUCGAGAUCACUCGUGAGUACUUCCAAGAUGUUUACAACUUGACUGGCUCCGAGAAAGUCAAGGAAGUUUUGGACAACUGGGAAAAGUACCAAAACUGA